AUGGGAAGCUGCUGUACUACUCAGGCAGCCAAUACUCCACACCCCACCAAACCCUUGGUGCGCAUGUGCGCUUCAGGCAAUCAUUUUCCUAACUUUGCUGACAUUGGUGAUACUGUGGUACUGUUUGUGGACUUUGGUGACCAAUUCAAGCCAGUCCCACCACAGAACAUGGAUCACCCACUAGGCGGGGCAACUGCAGGACGAGUUUGGCCUAAACGCCAUCAAUCAAGGCAUGAUGUUGAGGAGUACGAGGCAAGUUUACUGAUUCACUUUUUACUAAAUAAACACUAAGAGAAAAUAUUUACAGCAAACAAGUACGUAAUUAAAUGUCUAUUAUUGCUAUCAGUUCAUUCAAAAAAGGAAUUUAUAAGUGUGCUACUGAGUAUUUUCAAAGAGGUAGAUUGGUUCAUUGAUAUACACCAGAUCAUUUCUAAAGUAAAAUCCUGAGUAAAGAGAGUAUACCAGAUUUUUCCAAUAAACUUUAUUUACAGUAAAUCCUUUAUGUCCUGUUAAUUAUUUCUUCCCUUUGUAUAAUCUUUCGGUAUCAUUUUAUAUAUAGACAAACAUGAACAUAAAUUAAAAGAAUAAAAUUUAAACAUUCCCUGCACGUAAAUUGACUGGCCAGCCAAGGUUAGCUCUAGCUACUUGCAGGCCAGGGUCGGGUUGCAUAAAACAUCUUAAGAUUAAGGGAACUCACAACUAUUUUUUCAAAACAAUGGGUUAUACUGUUUUAGAACAAAAGUUAAGAGCCCUCUUAUCUUAAGAAGGCUUUAUGCAACCUGGCCAAGCUACUUUUGUAAAACUUAAUGAUAAGGAAAAAAAGAUUGUUGUUGUGGUUGUUGUUGUUGCUCUUUCCGACUAAUUUGCUUGGUGUAUGGGUAAAACAUUUCUAACUUAGAAAAGGUCAUCUCACAUCCCUGUAACUAUUGUCAAAGGUGCCAAUUUAACCUCUAAAGGUAUUUUGACAACUGGAGAAUCUCUUUUAUUUACAUUAUCACCUACUACUCCAUUAUCAAACUGUAUUACUCCACUACCCCAUACAGACACAACUGACCCGGACCCCAAAUAUUAAUUAAUGUGGACUUUUGAUGAAGAUUGAUUCAAUAAUGCAGUUGCUUAAUAUAAAAUUAUGGCUGUGAUGAUGGAAAAAUCUUCGCCAUAUGGUGAAAGGCCAGAAAAAUGACACCAGUGACCCUAAUAAAAUCUGAAAGUACAGGAUUUUGGAGUUUGGGGUUAAAUUGCAGCAGUACAGGAAAAUUUAAAUGCUGCUUAUAUCAUGACAUUGUAGCAGGGAAAAUAAAUAAGUAAUUUAUGCCUCUCUAUUCACAGAUAAAGCUAGCUGGACUCCAAGCAUUCUUGAAAAAGAUUAAACCACGUGACCAGGACUGUACAAGCUUUCGAUCAGAAGCAAGAAUUCUAAUGACAGAUGAAGUGCUGGAACACCCUGGUGGACUGGUGAAAUUUGCUGUGCCAUACAGCGACAAUCGUGGUCGAUAUUUGGGUGUGGUUACUGAAGAGGAUCUUGAAUAUGACCAGAAGAACAGGGUUUAUCAUUGUAAGCAUUUUGCUUUACUCAACCUUUAAUUCAUCCAGGGUUUAAGUGAAAUCAGUUCUUUCCUUUUCAUUCAACCUUUCCCUCCUUCUAUUAUUCCUUAACACUAAGGGGCUGUUUAUAUAUAUAUGGACGUAGGAAGAUCCUAGCACCAGGAAGAUCCCAGAAGGUAGAAUAGCUUUUUACUGGGUUUACAUGAGGAAAUUUUGUGGCACCAAGUAGAGAGGGAAUUAGUGAUGGCGGGCAACAAUAGCAAAAACGCAAUGUAGCCCCUUCUGCUCUCCUUACUGGUUUUAUGACUACCUUUCAGCAGAAUAACCACAAUAAAUAUAAUUAUCAGCUCAUGGUAACACCUAACAAAACGGUCAGCCUUUAUUGCCGUGAUUACCUGCUAAACCAACUGCCACCUUUUUUAUCUGGUUUGUCUGUAGUACUAGGAUCUUCCUGUUGAAAGCAGUUCACAUUGUGCUAGAAUUUUCCAACCUCUCAGCUAGGAAGAUCCUAGUACUAGAUCAGAAAGAUCCUAGCGCAAGUGACAAGACAGUACGACUUUUUGCAUGUAAACUGGAUGAAGAAAAUAUAAGGCACUACUUAAGGAUGAUCCGCUUUUUAGGAUCUUCCUAGGACUCUCUAUGUAAACAGCACCUAAUUUUGAAUUCUUGAUUGCUAGAUCCACUGUGGGAUCAGUUAAUUGUUCACAACCAAGGCAUAAGAAAUGACCUUCGGCUUCGCACAUCAUCAAGACUUGUUGAAGGAACAUAUGGUUCCAUGGGGCGUCAGCGACGUAGUCUUCGGGGGUCUGGACUGCGAGAAGAUGAAGUAGAUGCACCUGGUGCGAGUGGAAGUGUAGAGGUUUUAACAGCUACUGAUGAAGAGCUUAGUCAACCUCUGAUACAGGUAAUUAUUUCCAUAUUUUCAUACUAAUUUUUAGUCAUUUUUCAGAAAAAUAAUGGGCCUGAUCUGGCUAUUCACACGUUAAAGCUUAUAAUGUACAAUAGAAACUAUUUAUUAUAUGAUAAGGCUGCAUGAGGGACUGGAAGCCAAAUAUUUAAUCUCAACUGUUGCUGGCCACUAUUCUUUCCUCUGAUAACCCUUAAUUUUUAUAAAAUUAUUGUAUUGAGCAAAUUAUAGUUACACACCAUUGGCCACAGUUCAUUCAUGAUCAUGAGAAAAUAUAUAGUUAUUACCCAAGGGUGAAAAAAUGCAUGAAAAUGCUGCCAGAAAUAGUAUCUUGAAAUGUUAAAUCUUGAAAUGAAAAAAAAAGCAAACAAACAAUGAAUGAAAUAUCUGGGGUUAAACUUUGGUUCUCUAGAGUCACAAUAAUUUGUUGAGGAGUAUGACUUGUUAAAGGAGACUGCAAGGUUUUGCCCAGUGUAUCUCCCAUGGGAGAUUCUCAGCCUGGAAUUUUACGAUAAUCGGGAAUGUUAGCAUGCAAUAUAUACACUUAUUGAUUAUAUACAGUAAUUAAAUUAAGGAAAUUUCAUUUCACCACUAGCCACCAGCUAAACGCUACUGGCCAGAUAGUUGGGAGAUGUCAUGCUGGAGACGCCUAUGCUGUGACAGAUUCGUGCGGGCAAGAAACCCAUUCACCAGAUUCUGGGCCAGAUUUUUUGUAGCACCAUUAACAAAUUUUACUGGCCUGAGUCUUUACUACCAGCUGUAUUUGGCGGAGAUUUUCCACAUCCGAUUCCUAACAAAGCUUGGCCAUUACAUUUUCAUGGUACAGUAUGUUUUUAAAUAAUAGAACAUUAAUUAGAAAAUUAAAAUUAAUUCCAAGUGCAAUCUCGGUUGGCCCAUCGUACUUACAAGUAUAUAUCCAAUAAUGUCCACAAUGUAAUGACAUCAAGAAACUCAAACAGCAUUGUUUUGACUGUUUUUGCAGCCCUCUUGGCACUCAAGAAAUGCUUUUGGCAAUUACUUUCGAUUGCUAGGUAUUUUUGUUGAAAGUGCAUUUCAGUUUGGCUUUUUACCGAGAAAACUUUGCUUUUUCCAGAAAACUAUAUCGUUGAAUUCACAAUGAAUUGGUUCUUUUGGUUUUUGCCCGCCGAUUCAUGUGAUUUAUGGUUUCAGCUCCAUACAUCGAUCGCCCGUUGAAUCCAAGAGUGAAUUCAGACCAAAAUAAUGCACAAUGGCUUUGAAAUAAGUGGCUAAACUUAUUUUCCCCAAAUGCAUCUUUAAAUUUUUGAGAAAAGCAGCUCCACCAGUCCUUCAAAUGUUGUCUAUGACAGACAAGUAUGGUUUAAAGUUCAUAAUGCAGAGUGGCAGCGUAGCCCAAUAAUUGGUAUAGGGGUUAAUACGCUACCAGCUGGUGGUUAUGUUGCAAGUUUGAAUCCGGAUGGAUCGAAAUUUCUUUCUUUGUUGUACAUUUCAAUAUAUUUCUUCCUUUUAGGUUUUUUGCUCUGUUUUCUUUAAUAUCACAUUUUUCUCUUUCCCUUGUUCCCCUUAUUGUUACUGCUGACCAUCUUUUAAUAAGCUUCACGAGGUUUAUGCGAUAACAUAUAUCUAGUAUAAAAUAAUUUAAAUAAAAUUGAGGUAAAGAAAUCUAGCAGUAAUAUUCUCCCAUGUCAGUGACCUCUGUGUCACUAUGUUUGCUAUAUCUUCUUAGAAAAAUAUGUGACCUUUUACAUAGAGAGAUUUUUGCUCUUUUUGUACAAAAAUUAUUCACUUUUAACAAAGAACAGUUAUGCUGUCACUCAGUCCUAAUCAUGCUUUCAUUAUAAUUGUAAUAUUUAUUUAUUUCUCAUGAUUUAUCCAAUGUUAAAAUAUUAAGCAAAAGAACAGCACCUUCUACCCGACGUCAUUGCUAUUGACAUUAUUGCAUUAACUAAAUUCAUGCUGAAUAAUGUGUUUUUCACAUGCAGCCUUUAAUUGUGAUGAUGAUGAUGACAUUCUUUGCACAAUGGAGAUUUUUUGGAAAUUACACACUAGCUAACACAGAAGUACUUGUUCUCAACGGUGCUGCUGUCAUGGCUUGUGCCUUUAUGCUAUGGUACACAAUAUGGGGUUUUGUAUCGAAGACUCAUCUCUUAGGGGUAUGUAUACAUUUAGGCCUAUUUUUCUGAUAUUCAUGUAAUCUACUUUUGGGUACCCUGCAAGCAGAGGUUUCUCUCUUGCAUGGCUUUAGCGUUUACGAGGUCGUUCACCUGGCUUGUCUGUCAUGAGGUUUGAGUUUGUUUAUGCCCACGUGACAGACAAGCCAUGCAAACAACUUUGUAAAUGCUAAAAGCUAUCCAAGACAUAAACCUGACCUGCUCACAGGGUACAGGAUCUAGGUAACUAAAUGGACUUAAGUGGGAGCAUGUAAAAGUUCUGCUGUAAGUAGGAAGUUUUUAUUUGAAAUGAAACACACAGUAUUUCACCUAGAGAUGAAAAAGUUGAUGUGAAAAAUAAUCUCACAAGAUAACAGUCUCACUUAUAGAAAACAAAAUGUUAGCUAGGAAAAUUUCUUUACUCUGCUAAUUUGGAAAUGAAUGUAAAUUAAAUACUUAAAAAUCAAAAUAAAUUAAUAAUAAGUUGUGCUGGCCUAUUUCUUUCAGUUAUUUAUGCUGUUACCCAUGGGAAUUCUUUUUAUUCUCGCAAACAUAACUUUUCAAAUGGCAGUGAAGAAUUCAUUACCAGAAAACACCAGCUGUAAUGAGUCUUGGAACCACACUGAACUUGCACCUCAUUUGAAGUAUUUUAAUGCUUUUAAACUCAUGUAUUGGUACUACAACCCAGCAUUGUGGGUGCUUGUUCUGUGCUUUGGACAAGCUUUGAGCCACAUAUUUGAACGUAAGUGUUGUUUUUUUUAAUUUAGAAAAUCCCAAAAUAUCAACAUAUAGAUUUACUACUUUGUAAUUGCUUGUGAAAUAAAGGAUAAGUUUGUCAAUUACAACAGGCAACAGUUGCUUGAGACCUUUAAAUUUUCCAAACACACUUAUGCAAAUAUAAUUGUAACCAUGAAAACUCAAAGUCACGGUUUCACAUCAUUUUAAUGAGUUAUGCUGACUUUUAAGUUUGCCCACUGUUUCUUAUCUUAACCCUUGAGUAAGGAGAAAACACCACUUUACAUAAAAAAAUUAUUUUUUAUAGUAACCUUAGUCUGAAUUGUCAUAGACUGCAAGCUGUCUCUUAUUUUUCUUUAGUGUCACUGUUAAGUGCGAUAACGUGUAGGGAGUGAGCGGCAAAGCCGCAAGGAACGAGGGCGGAGCUCAAGCGAAGAAAAAAUAAGCAAAUAAGUCCUUUCCACUCAAAAGUGAUAAAACGGCUUCUUCUUGUCUAACUUUUCCUCGCAAACACGUUUCAAAACAUCUUUUCUGUCCCCCAUCUUAUCUCAAAGCGACGUGCGAAAAGUGGACUCCCUGCAGACUGAGGCUUUUUUUGACAGAUUGAAUUUUUGACAGAUUGACAAGUAGCUGACCAAUCGGAAUUUUCGUUUUGCUGAAAUGGGUAAUUCAAAAGACAUUAAAACCUCUGCCGUCAUCCUUUUUCCUCUCUCGCCCCAAUCUCUCCUCCUUUUUUGCAAGUAAUUUGCAUAAUUUUAACUUUUCGCGCGCCCUGCAUGGCACUGAGGAACAAAGGACGACCGCUCAUGGUCUAGAAAUGUCAUAGGUCUCCACCUUCUAACCUUUGGGGGGUACAGGGGAGACAAACUUUCUCUUCCCUGCACCCCCAUUGGUUGGGGGGUGGAGACGUAUGACAUUUCAGACUAUGGAGUAUUUGUUAUUAUAAGGUAUUGUUUCCCAAUCAGCAGUAAACUAUAGCUCUUGCUCAAGAUUUACUGCUUGCCCUUCCAGCUAAAAUUCCACCUCGUGUCAAUAAUACUGCCCACUGGAUGAGCUGUACAGACAUAUGUAAAAGAUAUGGCUACCCUAGGUCUCUUCUGAUAUUCCUCUCACAAGCAAUAUUUGGAACCGUUGAUGAGGUAAGUCUAUCAUCUUCUACUUAAACAUUUGAGUCCUAAGCAGUUUACCAAAUAAACAGCUGCCUACUAUUACCUUAGGUUGCUUUAUAGUCAUGUUAAUUCCAAGGUUGGAAGUGCUAGCUACGUCCUGCUUAGAUUAAGCUGUGGUAACUUCGGUUACCAGUAAAAAGUUCAACAACUCAUGCACUGCCACAUCGAGUAAAGCAACUACCCCCACUUAAAUGCUGUGUAAUGGAGGGCAAUAUUCCAAGGAAAAAACAAAAUCAUUAUUUAUUUUUUGAAAGAUUCAGAGCAGCACCAGCGAGAGUGGGGUUGGGGGUGGGGUGGGUUGAUAAUCUCUUGUAAGAGUAUAUAAGCUAACAUUAAAGGUUACGGCACUUGAUCCAUUCAUUCUGCAAUAGGCCGAAGAAAUAAAAUUUUUUUUUGUCAAUGGCAUGUGUGGUUCCAGAAACUAUCCACCCCCCCACCACGGAGAGAAUUUCAUUUACACCCCCUUACAUUAGCUACGUAUACUUUAUAAAUUACGCUUGUAAAUGUUCUAUUAAAUUGACCCCUCGUAACUUAAUGCAAUUCUACAUACGACAAAAAAGUUGACAACUACAUUACCUAGAGCCAUUAAAUUCUGACCCUUUCAUUUACUCAGUAAACCUGUUUUUUAAUUAAAUGUUUUUCUUUUCUUUCACUAGCUUCUUGCAUCACCGCGGCUUCUUCCUUUAUUAAUGUUGCGGAUUUGUUUUAAUCUUGGUUACCAACCCAAAGAGUGGGAAGUGCUUAGAAUACUGGUUAAAAAGUCGUUACAGUAUGGUGAGGCAGCCUUUUUGUUAUCUUCCCUUUACUUCUCGGCUGGUUUCUAAAAAAAUUUUGGGAUUGUCUGGUUCCCCCAAGUCAUUUCAAAAUGUGCGCAGGCAAUCAAGAUGAAAAAAGACUAUGAAAAAACUAUGAUGCAGGACAACCUUGAUGAUCGCGCAACAUUAAUCGCCUGGAUAGUACUAAGUGUACAGAUAUACAGCUGUAGGAUGGUUUCUGUUUGGUUCUGCCUGGACCUGGACAAAGCUUAAGUCUAGAUAAUUUAUGGUGUCCAUUUGGUUGAUUGUCUUGAGUGCCCCGCAAUAAAUUAAGGUGAUCCAAUCGAUUAUAAGGACACUGGGCAUUAGGUUUUUGUUCAGAGGUCCAUAUGUUGUUGUUUUUCAUAAAGACUGAACUAUUAAAAACUUUACUUAUUUUAAAACAGGUGUUACUUUAACAAACUAAGAUGUUAGCAUGUGAUAGUCAUGUACGUAAGUCAUCCUUAUCUGUCCACCUGGCCAAAAGAAAGAGAAAACAGGACAUUUGGAAUAGGAGUCUACCACAAAGCCACCCUCUGUAUUACUUUAUAAUUGAACAAUAAAUGGUCUAAGAGAAAUGAGCUGCUUUUUGGGUAAUCAGCGGUUGUGUAUUACAUGACUGAGUAUAUUUUACGUACAACUUCCGUUAGAUCUCCAGAUUAUUUCACUAACAUUAUACUGGUACACAAUAUUCUUGUAUUAUAAUAUUAUUAUAAUUUAAAUUUGUAAACAUUCCUUGGAAUUUUACCAGAUUAAUAUGUUAUUGUUGUCAGGGGAUCCAGCAUUAGAUUACAUUGGCACAGGAGGGGCAGAGUAUCUCCCAGAAGACUCAGUGAUCCCUGGUAUGUAUCAUUAUUAUUAUUAUUUACCCAGUAUUAACAUCACAGUUUAAAUUCAGUGUGACUAUGUGAACGUAAUGUGAACAGAAGAAAAACUAUGCUUAGAGGCUUAACAUACUGCAAAGUGCCGACUGAAAUGUAAUGUCAAAGAAAAGGUGCCUCACAUGUACUGCUAUACACUUGGUUGCCAAACUUUUCUUCCUCUAAAUGGAACUGGAUAAUAACAUCAAAAAAGUUACCGAAGAUUCUUUUUACUAUUAAUAAAAAUCUUUUUUGUUAUCCAGAGACUUCAAUAUCGGCCAGUGAUUCCAGCAAAGAGACUCUGGAUCAUAGCUACAACACUGGUUACAACAUUGGUGAGACAGUCUGCUUUGGUUUACUAUUUUCAUCAACAAACUGCAUCAGGCAUGACAUGUUGAGAAACAUACAGCUCACAGGCAGGAAAUGAUUGAUGUUGAUGUUUACCACUAGAUAUCUAGCAUUACCGGUAUCUGCCAAUUAAACAAAGGAAAGCUAAACACAACAAUAGAGUGCAAAAAGGAAAUUAUCAAUGUCUAACACUUACAGUGUAUGUAUUAUUUUCCUCUCAACUGAACAGGAAAACUAAAAAGACAUUUAAAACAGAUGGAGGACAUACUGACUCAAGAACAACACAAGCGGCUAAGUGACCCUCGAAAGCUUAUGACGGAUAGAGUAGAUGAUUGGCUAGAACAGUACAUUGUGUUGCGGCACUAUGUAGCAAAAUAUGAGCUACAAGUUCAUGCUUAUGGGCCAUUUCGCACUAAUAAGCAGAAUGAUGAAGUUGAACUAGAUGAUGCGCGUAUGGAUAGAGACUUUCCAGAGAAACAUCAUGAAAGUUUCCGGAAUUUUCUGAAGGAAAUGCGUUUUCACCUGUGGAUGAUGGAAGAUGAGUUUAUUGAAAGAAGGGCACUAAGCAACUGCUGUGAAAAGGAACUAUAG